CUCGAAAGUUUUCCCGUUAGGACUGUCUUAGUAGCUUUAGGCUCCUGAAGCGUAAAAUCACUACUCAAGCUUCUCCCGUUCCCCAUGGAGCUCUUGCUUGUAACUUUGGCUUUCUCGUCUUUAUUCCCGCCGUCUUCCCUCAUAGUCAUGCAAUAGUGCAGCCCGACCUCAGGUUGGGCACCAUAUUAGGGCAAGGCAAGGCGGAGGAGCCUUUCGAUCCUUCCGGUUCUGCGCCCCCAUCCUAUCUUCAGGCCCCUCCUACCUGCAGCCUUUGGGGCUCGGCUAGACUAACUGCCGGGCCGAAAACCUGGCUGCCGAGCCCCGCCCUCCAGCGCCGGGCGGUUCCCUAGGGCACUGAACUGAGCUCUUGACUGGCAUCAACUCUAAAUCCUCAGAACAUCCCAGGGAGCUCCACAGGCUCCCCUGUCCUGAGCCAUGAGUGAGCUGAAGGACUGCCCCUUGCAGUUCCACGACUUCAAGUCUGUGGACCACCUGAAGGUCUGUCCCCGCUACACGGCAGUGUUGGCGCGCUCUGAGGACGACGGCAUCGGCAUCGAGGAGCUGGACACCCUGCAGCUGGAACUUGAGACCCUGCUCUCCUCUGCCAGCCGGCGCCUGCGGGUGCUUGAGGCUGAAACCCAGAUCCUCACUGACUGGCAGGAUAAGAAAGGUGACCGACGACUCCUGAAGCUGGGUCGAGACCAUGAGCUUGGAGCUCCCCCCAAACAUGGGAAGCCCAAGAAGCAGAAACUGGAAGGGAAGGCGGGACAUGGGCCUGGCCCUGGCCCUGGGCGACCCAAAUCCAAAAACCUUCAGCCCAAGAUCCAGGAAUAUGAAUUCACUGAUGACCCAAUUGAUGUGCCACGUAUCCCCAAGAAUGACGCCCCCAACAGAUUCUGGGCUUCGGUGGAGCCAUACUGUGCUGAUAUCACCAGUGAGGAAGUGCGCACGCUAGAGGAGCUACUGAAACCCCCAGAAGAUGAGGCUGAACAUUACAAGAUUCCGCCCCUGGGGAAGCACUACUCCCAGCGCUGGGCACAGGAGGACCUGCUGGAGGAGCAGAAGGACGGGGCCCGGGCAGCAGCCGUCGCUGACAAGAAGAAAGGCCUCAUGGGGCCCCUGACCGAACUGGACACUAAAGAUGUGGAUGCCCUGCUGAAGAAGUCUGAGGCCCAGCAUGAGCAGCCAGAAGACGGGUGUCCCUUUGGUGCCCUGACACAGCGCCUGCUGCAGGCCUUGGUGGAGGAAAAUAUUAUUUCCCCCAUGGAGGACUCUCCUAUUCCAGACAUGUCUGGGAAAGAAUCGGGGGCAGAUGGGGCAAGCACCUCUCCCCGCAAUCAGAACAAGCCCUUCAGCGUGCCUCAUACUAAGUCCCUGGAGAGCCGCAUCAAGGAGGAGCUGAUCGCCCAGGGCCUGCUGGAAUCUGAGGACCGCCCCGCAGAGGACUCGGAGGACGAGGUUCUGGCGGAGCUGCGCAAGCGGCAGGCUGAGCUGAAGGCGCUCAGUGCCCACAACCGCACCAAGAAGCACGACCUGCUGAGGGCCUCUGAAGACCUGAGGAGCUUUGAAAAAAAAAAAGUCAUUGCUGGGCACCACCUCACUGGUUAUAUCUCAGACAUUCUAAUUCCGCUGACUAGAGCUGAGGCAUCUGUGAGUUAUUUAUUUACCUCAAACUGGUAAAAAACAAUACAAAAUUUUACCCUCUAAACCAUUUUUAAGUGUACAGUUUAGUGAUGUUAAUUAUACUCACAUUGUCAUGUGGCUUAUUUUAAGUCUCUCCAUGCUGAUUUUCUUUUUAUCCCAAAGUAUCCUUUUUUUUUUGAUUCUUGCUCUUUGUUUUUGGCGCCAAAACUCAGGAUUGAACCAGAGACCUUUUGUUCCCCCCAAGUUUUAUAGUGAAAAAUUUCAUACAGGCAGAAAAUCUGAUGGACUAGCACAGUAAACACCAAUAUACUCUCUACCUCAGAUUAUCAACUGUUAACAUUUAGUUGGGCAUCUGUGAUUAUCAGCCUCUCACCAGGAAUUGACCAGUGUUGAAGUACAAUGUCAUUCAUUUUGUAUUCACUCCCAUGCAUCUUGCCCCGCAUUGGUCACAACAAGGAUGCAGGCGGUAACCAGAGGGAGAUCACGGGAGGUGCUGCCAUUUUAUUGGGGAGACAGACAAACAGCCCAACUAAGUCCCUUUGCUUCUUAUAGGCAGGUGCUGUGUCUUCACCUCACAGAGCCCCAACAGAGCAGGGCACACUCAUCCAUUUGGCCAGAUUGCCUGUCUCUCAGACCUGGUGCUGGGGGUUAGAAGGAGAGGCAGGGCAAAGGGCUUAUGGUCAUUGCUUGAGUGGCUGGCAAAGACAUGCACCAUUAGAAGAGAAAGUUGCUGAUACCCCAGCUGAGGUGCUGAGGUAUUUAAGGAUGAGGGUGUAUGAGUGUCUACCACGUACCGGGGGUUUUAUGUCUGCCCUCUUACUUCAUCUCCGCUGCAGCCCAGAGAGCAGCUGGCAGUUUUCCCUGUGCACCAGAUGAGGAAAUAAAGGCCCAGCAAAAUGAGUACUCUGCCAAAGGUCACACAGGCAGCCAACAGCCAAGCUGUGACUCAAGCCCAAGGCUGAGUCCAGAGCCUCUUUCCAGUUCCCUCUCAAGGGCAAGAAGAGGACAAUACAGAUGAAAGAGUACAGAGGAAGGGAGGUUGAGGGCAGGGGGAGAGAGAAGUGGGGCUGUGCAGGUGUGGAAGUCAGGGGCAGUGGCUGUCCGAAGGCCCGCCGUGUACCCCUCAGCCCUGCGUGGACAGGCUGCAAGGCAUCUGCCCAGAGCAGCAGCUUCCGCUUCUGAAAAAUCAACAGGUUAGACUACGUGGAUUUCUUUAGUGACCUUCUAGCUCCACCAUCAGUUGAAUUGAUAGGUCAAGUUCCGUUCAGAGGCAUCAAUUUGGCAUCUCACUCGCCUCCUGUAAACUUCAGGCUGCCUGGACCCUUAGGUGGCUCUGGAAUUUGGAUGCCAAAGUAAGCAGGUCUUUUGCUGGCACCAGGACACCUUUUAAAGAUAGUUGGGAGCCAGCCUGCUUUGAUUCAGAUCUCCUGCUCACUAGUUGUAGGAUCCUGGGGCAUUUCUUACCCUCCUUGAGCCUCAGUUUCCUCACUGGUAACAAGAAUAAUAGUAGUGCCUACCUCACAAGGUUGUUAUGAGGAUUAAUUGAAAUACCGUCUUUGAAGAGGCAGUACUUGGCACAGGGCACCACGUAAGUGUGGCUUGGUAACUUUGCUUUUUGGUACGGGUAGGUCCAUGGGUCCCUGGGUAGCAGAUGGGCUCAGUCUGGAAGAGGGAGGAGCCCCUGUCAGGGGGCUUCCCACAGCAUCUGCUUGGCUGGUA